AUGGCAAUGGGCUGUCGCAUCUAUUGCGUUACCUCCUUCAGUUUUAUCUCGCUGGGGCACAGAUGGGAGUUAAGAGCAGCACGGUUAUCCAGAUAAGAACGUAGGAUAUGCAUUGGCUGGAAUCUGACAGGGUUGAAGUAAUCACCUGCCGCUGAAUUGAGACUCAGAUGGGAAGUAGGAAGUGCUGUGCUCAAGCUUCCUGUAUAAAUAAAUGCAGCUUUCCCACAGCUACUGCAUACAAGCUGUGACGUGCUUUUAAGAUAUAAUGGCAGCAUGCUCUUAAUAGCAGGGAGGGGAUUAUUUAUCGGAGUGGCAAAGGAACCGAGAGGCAAGUCCUUCUGCAGUCCUACGAAGUGCACAGCUGUCAGAUACACGGAGAAGAGAAAGGGUGUGUGAGAGGAAUCUGUCUCUGCUUCUGAUUGCAAGCUGCAGUGGCUGUGACAUGAUUCUUGGGAGCGCUGGAGUGUAAGUGAAGCUAUUGAAAAGUCAAACAGCUGGGACUGAAUACUACUCUCCUUUCAAGGCAGAGAGGACAACUGAUGAGAGAAUGGGCUCUGCGGGGAAGCCUAGCCCUGACACCAUGACAGCUGACAAGUCAGAAGCUGGAGACUUAGCUCUGGAGCCCCUGCUCACUUGCAAGCUAUGUCUCUGUGAAUAUUCCCUGGAUAAGAUGACCACUCUGCAGGAAUGCCGCUGCAUCUUUUGUACAUCGUGCCUGAAACAGUACAUGCAGCUGGCCAUUCAAGAAGGUUGUGGUUCUCCUAUCACUUGUCCAGACAUGCUCUGUGUGAACCAUGGGACCCUACAAGAAGCCGAGAUUGCCUAUUUGGUACCAGUUGAGCAGUUUCAGCUAUUCAAGAGGCUGAAAUUUGAACGUGAAGUCCAUUUGGACCCUCAGAGAACAUGGUGUCCUGCAGCAGACUGCCAAACGGUGUGCUGCAUUGGACCAAAUGAGUCGGGAGUGCCGGUGCCCGUGGAGUGCCCAGCCUGCCACAUGAUGUUCUGCUCCUCUUGUAAAGAGACAUGGCACCCACAGCGCCCGUGCCCAGAAAACCAAGCUCUGGUAACCACAGAGCAGGGAUCACUUAUCGGAACAGAGACAGAAGCACCAAUUAAGCAGUGCCCAGUUUGUCGGAUCUAUAUUGAGAGAAAUGAGGGCUGUGCUCAGAUGAUGUGCAAGAACUGCAAGCACACAUUUUGCUGGUACUGCCUACAGAACUUGGAUAAUGACAUCUUCUUAAGGCAUUAUGACAAAGGCCCUUGCAGAAACAAGCUUGGCCACUCGCGUGCUUCAGUGAUGUGGAACAGGACGCAGGUUGUAGGGAUCCUCGUUGGACUUGGUAUCAUAGCACUGGUGACCUCUCCCUUGCUGCUUGUGGCAUCUCCAUGCAUCAUCUGCUGCAUUUGCAAAUCUUGCCGAAGCAAAAAGAAAAAGCACAGCCUACCUACAACCUAAAAGUCUGUGUUUGUUUGAGCCUGUAUCUGUACAGUAUACAUUUGUGAGAAAGCACAACGGUUGGAUUUUGGUGCCAUACCUAUCAAAUAAUGCUCCUCUUUUUUCCUUUUUUUUUUUUUUGGCCAAUUUUUGGGAUAAGUGCCUAUUCUCUACAGGCUACUCUAUUGGUAACAAGUGACAGAGUGGAAGAAGUCUAGAUAAUUGUACAGUACAUACGGUAUAUGUUUUUGCUUUCUGACAGAAAAACAUAACACCAUUCAGUAGCUCAUACCCUCAACUAUGAGCCACCUCUUGAGGCUGCUAGAACUUCACCAUCUUCUAUCAGCCACACAUGAAUCAACUCUGCAGUAUUAAUCUGCUUUUGCAGGCCCAGGUGUUACUGUCAUGCUUUCCGCUGGUUCUUGGUGAAAGUCUUUGAAAUUUUUGAGUGCAUUUUAAAAGGGGAAGAGAAGAGGCUUGAUGUUUUUCUGUCUGUCAGCUCAUCCCAUUAGAAGUAACAAACUGUUAAAAAAUGUAUUUGACAGUUUUCUGUCAACUGGCAACCAUGGCAUUUCUUUCAGCAUUGAAAUCAGUGGGUUUUAUAUUACUGAUUCCAAUGACAAUUAAAAGCCAACAAAACUAUUUCUAAGACAGAGCUGCCUUUUAAGAGACUGGACUAGUUUGAGAAAGCUGUAUUUUUUCUGAUCAGAUAUGCUGUAUUUGAAAUAUAAGGAGUUUGCAUAUUUCCCUGCCAUUGGGCAUACCUUUUGUCAGUAGCAUGGGUAAUAAAUUCACCAUGGAUCUAAUAAUUUAGGAAAGGCAGUGAUACAGCUCCUAUUCUGUUCAGUACUGGGAUCUUGGUUGUGUGUGUAUCCAGUGACCUCAUGUCCGUGGAUGUACCGAGUGCAUAAUGCACAAUUUAUUUUCUAGGUAGUCAGUAUAUUUUUUCAACAGUUUACCUGGAAUAGCAGCAAGAACCCUGUAAUGUUACUGAGAACAGGAUAAGGAAAACCCUCUCUUGGACCUUCUGGACCUGCUGAUGUAAAUUCUUGAGAAAUGCUGU